AAUGAAUCCAGUUCUUUUGACAAACUAACAAAUCGUGUGAUGUUGCUAGUUAAAUGGAUUACUUCAUUGUACGUGAUGAUUUAGUUAUAUAUAUAUAUAUAUAGGAGUGUAUUCGGAACUUAACUCAUUGAGUCUUCCAAGUAAAAUGUGUGCCAUUUUAACAAUAGUUUUGCAAGCGAUUAUUUUCACUGCUCCGUGUGUGUUGUGUUUAAAUAAUGGACUGACUAGAACACCACCAAUGGGAUGGAAGAUUUGGCCAGAAUUCCGAUAUCCAGUAAACUGCCAAAUAUAUCCAAAAGGCUGUCUUGGUGAGAAUGAAAUCAAACGAACAGCUGAUAAACUGGUUUCGGAUGGUUGGAGAGAUCUUGGUUAUAAAUAUGUGGUAAUUGAUGAUUUUUGGUUGGCAAACAAAAGUGAUUCGAAAAUGAAUACUAUGUCGGCCUAUUCUACAAGAUUUUCUAAUGGUAUUGAAAACGUUGGAAAAUAUCUGCACUCCAAAAAUCUUCUAUUUGGUAUAAAUCUUGGUAACGCGGCCAAGAAAUGUUCUGGUUAUCCAGAAAAUAUCAAUCAAAUAAAAUUGGAUGCAAAAGCAGUGGCCGACUGGGAAGUAGAUUUUGUGAAGUUGCAUGCAUGCCACUGUACUGAGAAUGACAUUGAGAAAUAUGCCAAAUUACGUGAAGGAACUGGCAGGCCUGUGAUGCUUUUGUGUACUUAUCCAGAAUAUAAGUAUUGGAUUACAAAUUCCAAGUUAUUUGACUGGAAAAGAUUACAAAACACGUGUAAUUUGUGGCGAGCUCCGUCCAACGGGCGAAACGACUCGCGAUAUAUAAUCCACUAUGUAAUUGCGCGGAAAAUUCACAAUAACGAUUCACCGAAUGUGGCGGGUUCAGGGCGCUGGAACGAUUCCGAUAUGUUGGCUUUAGGAAACAACGAACUUUCGAAUGAUCUAACUCGAAUUCAUGUGGGCGUGUGGUGUAUGUUCGCCGCUCCACUACUGAUAUCAGCUGAUAUGGAGAAAGUGGAUAAAUUCAGUGCAUCCUUGUUACGUAACAAACAAUUGUUGGCGAUAAAUCAGGAUAAGGGUGGACAUCAGGCGAAAUUCGUCAAAUCACGAAAUGAUGUACAGGUAAGUUAACUGCGUUACAUUGAAAUUUCAAUAUAUAAGUGUUCAAGUACUUUCGCCUACACUAUAAAAUCUUUCACAGAGUGUUUCAGUGACAAAACUCAACUUUCAUUGAUUCAUCAGAUAUUUCAUUUCAUAAUAAGUCCCACUAUGUUGGCAGAGUGAUAUUACAGUAUAAUGAAGCUCUUUUGUUCUACAUAUUCCAAUACAGAAGAUGAACAUGAGCAUUAGUAACGUAAUAUUUGUUCUCAGUGACAUAGAUUAGAAAGUGUGCAUUUUAAAUUAUAAGACUAUUUUGAUCACCAAUUCGAUAAUAUACACAAUCACUGUUGUAGCGGUCACGUGUACUUAUUGUAAGUUCUCUAUUCAUUUUUCAAGGUGUACGACAGCAAACAUUCAUUUAUGCAGUCAUUUCUCUUCACUACUUUUUCUUCAGCAAAGUUACAAGAUGUCGUUAACAUUAUUUUCAUUUACUAGUAUACUGAAUAAUAACAAACUUUUCACAUAUGUUCAUAUAUAUUCGUACAAACAGUUGUGGAUACGAAAAUUAAGUGAUCAUCCAAGUGGUUGGGUAAUAGCUUACGUCCGCACACGGGAUUAUGGAGGAUCAAUCGAGUUUAUCACGAAUCUUGAUGAAUUCAAAUCACAGAUGUAUACGAUAUCGGGAGAUAAAUUCCAAUUACUAGAUGUAUUCACCGGCGAUAGAUUCAAAGAUGUGAGGUUGAGAGAGAAUUUUACAAUUUCUAUCAACCCAUCUGGAAUAAUGAUGUUUCGAGUCAUUCCAUUUCAAUUGAUUCGCAGUUCUAAAUAAACUGAUGGAUGUUUUCAUAAAUAACUUGAGUUCAAUUUCGUUCAUUUGUUGGUUGUCAGUAACUUAUCAGUAACUAUAUCAAUCUGAUCAUGCCUGUUUACUGGUGUGAAUCUUGUAAAUAUUAUUUUCAGAAUAUAUUAUUAUUAU